AGCCGGGAAUCAGUGCUAAUCCGGAAGAAGUUAUCAAGGAAGUGAAAGUGAUUCCGUGCCUCUCCGGCUGAACUGUAGCGAGUUAGAGAAGGUUCCGCCUAAGUAAGGAAAGCUGACUUCUUUUUCAUUGUAGAUGCUGAGAUGAAUCGUCACAUCAGUGUUUGGCUUUUUAGACAUCUGCCCCUUUACUGCCAAUGCCACAUGUACCCCCUUUUUCAUCAGUUUACACGGAUGUAUCUUGAUACACAACGGUGGGGUUUUAGACAAAACUGGAAUCACAUUCUCCAGCCGUUAAGUAAGAAUUGCUCCAGGAGAUACUGUCAUCAAGACACCAGGAUGCUCUGGAAGCAUAAAGCACUACAGAAAUAUAUGGAGGACCUGAAUAAAGAGUACCAAACACUUGAUCGGUGUUUGCAGCAUAUCUCUGUGAAUCAAGGGGACCAAAGGCCCUUGAAUCAAAGACAUGCCGAGUUGGCACCACUUGCAGCCAUUUACCAAGAGAUUCACAAGGCCGAACAAGCGAUUGAAGAGUUAGAAUCAAUGUGUAAAAGUCUAAGUAAACAAGAUGAAAAGCAGUUACAAGAACUUGCAUUGGAAGAGAGGCAAACCAUUGCUCAAAAAAUCAAUGUGUUAUACAGUGAGCUUAUCCGGAAUCUAGUGCCAAAGGAGAAAUAUGACAAAAAUGAUGUUAUUUUAGAGGUGACAUCUGGAAGAACUACUGGAGGUGAUAUUUGCCAACAAUUUACUCGUGAAAUAUUUGACAUGUACCAAAAUUAUUCAGGCUAUAAACACUGGAAAUUUGAACUUCUGAAUUAUACACCUGCUGAUUAUGGUGGGCUACAUCACGCAGCUGCCCGAAUUGCUGGUGACAAUGUCUAUAAGCAUUUGAAGUAUGAAGGUGGGAUUCACCGAGUUCAGCGAAUCCCUGAGGUGGGCCUGUCGUCAAGGAUGCAGCGUAUUCACACGGGAACAAUGUCGGUUAUUGUCCUCCCUCAACCAGAUGAGGUAGAUGUGAAAGUGGACCCCAAGGAUUUGCGAAUAGAUACAUUUCGGGCCAAAGGAGCAGGAGGCCAGCAUGUUAAUACAACUGAUAGUGCUGUCAGACUUGUCCAUGUCCCCACAGGGCUUGUAGUAGAAUGCCAACAAGAACGAUCACAGAUAAAAAAUAAAGAAAUAGCUCUGCGUGUGUUGAGAGCCAGACUCUACCAGCAGAUUAUUGAAAAAGACAAAUGUCAACAACAAAGUGCUAGAAAACUGCAGGUGGGAACAAGAGCCCAGUCAGAGAGAAUUCGGACGUAUAAUUUCACCCAGGAUAGAGUCACUGACCACAGGAUAGCAUAUGAAGUUCGUGAUAUUAAGAUCUUGAUGGAACUCUUCUGUUCUUAUGUGAGCAUGCUCCUGACCCAGGGCAAUAACCCAAUUUGUUUGGGAGGAUUUCCAGACAAGCCCCAACCAAUGAGUUCCUUCAUGAAGUUUCUAUGUGGGGAGAAGAACCUGGAUGAGCUGAUUCAGAGACUGCUUCAAUCAGCAGACGAAGAAGCCAUUAUUGAAAUUUUGGAUAAAAACCUUAAAUCAACAAGAUGCUGAUUUAUUAUUACAUAAAUAAAAUGGACCUAUGACAAGAAGCUGACUGAGACAUGGAAAUCUUAGAGAAUGUUCUUAAAGAACAGUUAAAAAUACACAGUACUCACAAAUGUAUUUUUUAACGAAUUGAAUCAUAUUUCUUGACCUAAGAGUUUAUUUUAGGUUUUUGUAAAGUAAAAUUUAACUCUUCAAGGAAAAAACAAACACGCAUAAUUGAAAAGAGAAAUAAGGUCUUCAGAAUUAGGUCAUUUUGGACAGGUCACUUGUUCUUUUUAUAGACCCUUUUUUAAAAACCAUCUAUAAAUUUAAACACAUUUUUCAUCUAUUACUUUAGGACUUCAUAACAUGGGAAAGUUUAGUGAUGAGAAGAACUAUGAACUUCUUUGUAAGCCCCUACUUAAAGACAAAGUGUUGUUAAUUCUGUUACAGCUAGGGCUAAACUUGCUACUUUUCAAUAAAAAAACUAAGUUGUGAAGAAUGUGAGUCAAUAGCUGUAGGGGACCGGCUUGUUUUGGUCUGGCAAAUGUGACUCAGCUCCGUAUGGAAAACCUGCAGAAGUCAAGUGGUGGGCAGGAGCCAGACCUUCAAACCGAGUUUUCCCAUGGGAAUCAGGCCUAGAAAAUGCAUACAAAUUGUUAUGGCUUGCUCUUGCUAAACCCUGGUCUAAAACAACAAAUGUGUAUUAUCUAUCUUCAAGAUGAUUUCCAAAGCCUGUGUGAAUUUCCCCAAGGACAGAGCUAAUCAGCUUGCCGCCUUUCCCUUCUGCAUAUGUUACUUUCAUUUCCUUGAUUGUACCUAAAAUAUAGACAGUGAUAUUCUACGUAAUAGAUAAUAAAUCCUUCUUUGAUGUGAAACCUGAGAAAAACAAUAAAAGCCUGUCUAGGCAGGGUCAGGGCGCUCUCCUCUUGAGAGAGUGGCCAUGCCGUUUGUUCCCUUUUUCUCCACAGGGUUGCUGUUGCCUGACGCCUCAUCAUCAGUUACAACAUCAGUUACCAGUCUGCUGGUCAGAGUCUGCCACAAAUAACCACGAGUAUCUCUAGGAUACAGAUCAUAAAGCUCUUUGAGAGCUGAAUGAAUUCUGUGCUGUACAAACUGCAAGCCAAAAAUCAAAGUAGAGACUCUGCUUGGCUUCUGUUUCUUAUUGUUCUUUAGCUUAAUUUAGUGAAUAUCAACAGAUGUGGUAUAAAUUGAGUAAUUUACUGCUAUCAGUUUUGUGCACUGAUAUAUAAAACCUAGUCCUUACCUCACAGAGAUUCCAGUUGAGUGAGGAAGCCAGAAUAUAAUCAUACAAAGUGGCAUGGUAUACAGUAGUCCAUAUUGUCCAAAGAGAAGUAUAUUCCAAGGCCCCCAGUGAAUGCCUGAAACCAUGGAUAGUACCAAAUACCUAUAUAGCAGGUCCUCAAAUAAUGUCAUUUUGGUAUAAUGUUGGUGGAGAAAAAAGAAUUGAUUCCUGGCCAAGAACACUGUGUGGAGUUCGCACAUUUCCCCCAUGACUAGGUUUUCUCUGGGUACUCUGAUUUCCUCACACAUCUCAAAGGUGUGCAUGUGAGAUGAACUGGCAUCUAAAUUGUCCUGGUCUGAGUGGGUGUGAGGGUGCCCUGUAGUGGAAAGGUUUCCUGCAGGGGUGGAUGCUCACCUUUCACCCUGGUAUAGGCUCUGGCCUCCUGUGACCCUGAACUGAAAUAAGCAGGCUGGAAAAUUGUAAUCCCUUGUUUUUAUUAAUCUUUCUUAAAUUUAUAUAUAGUUUGUAUUUAUUUCAAUGUUUAAUAUUAGAAGUAUUUUGGGUUUUUAUUUAGAAGUUUGGUGAUGUGUUUAUGACCAGAAAUAUGCUGUAGAAACUUAACUCCUGCUUAUAUCACUUAGCCUAUGAUAAAAUGGUUUUGUCAUAAAUUGUUUCAAUUUGAAGUUUUCAAGAACCUAUUGAUGUUAAGUGAGGACUUACUGUAUAUACUAUUUUUUUCUAUACUUAUACAUAGCUAUAAUAAAGUUUAAUUUAUAAAUUAGGCACAGUGAGACAUUAACAACAACAAUAGUAAAAUAGGACAAUUAUAACAGUAUAUUGUAAUAAAAGUUAUGUGAAUGUCGUCUCUCAAAAGAUCUUAUGGUACCGAACUCACCACUCUUGUGAUGAUGUGAGAUCAUACAAUGCCUGCAUGAUGAGAUGAGUGAGGUGAAUAACAGGCAAUGUCAUGUAGCAUUAGGCUACUAUAAGGGCUACUUGAACAUAAAGCAAUACUUGACAGUCUUAUCUGGUAACCUAGAUGGCUAGGCUAAGUGAGGUAUAAUUUUCACUAAAUUAAAUGCGCACAUCUUCAGAGAUAGUUCAUUCAAUUUGGCAAUUACAUAUACCUGUAACCAUCAGCCCAAUUAAGAAGAGAACAUUUCCAUCACCCCUGAAAGUUUGCUUGUGUUCCUUUCUAAUCAGUCCAGAAAUCCACCAACUCCCACUCCUCCAAUAGUGGCAUACCCUGUUCAGACUUUUGUUCAGAGGAGUUUAUUUUCAUUCUUUAAAAUUUCAUAUAGACGGUCAUACAGUACGUACUCUUGUAUAUCUGGCUUCUUUUGGUCAACACAACAUUUUUGAAAUUCAUUUACAUUAUUGUGUGCAUCAAAGGUUUUUUUUUUAGUAGUAUUACAUGCUAUGAAUAUAACACACCUAAUUUUUAUCAUUCUAUUGAUAUACAUAUGGAUUAUUUUCUGUUUAGGCUAUUAAGAUUAAAGCUACUAUGAAAAUUGUU